GAGGAAACAGAAAAAAAAAAACACCAGAGUUCACAUGCAGCUCAUCAGACCUAGCUACACACCGUUAGAAGAAGAUUAGAAAGUAUCAGGACUCGAGAAGAAUUCUCUCUUUCUCUCUCUCUCUCUCCCUGAAACAGGAAAAGUCACUUCCUAACGUGUUCACCCGUCUAAGGAAGCAUUUCCUGUGCAGGAGGAGGAGACAACUUGUUGCAAGGCAGCAAUUCAGAGAAAGUCGAAGCGAACACUCUGAUGGCGUACAAGUCAAACAACGAACAGGUUGGACAACCUUGAAGCCUUUCGGCUGAAAGCAAAUAACAGAGGUGGAGUGAGUGUGAUAAGGCACUACGUCAGUCUCUCGAUGCCAUUUUCUCUUCUUAUUCCAGUAUUUAUUGAGCGUCAGAACCAUCUGCAAGGCUAAAGCUGAUACCAAAAUCCAGGCUGUCCCCUUCAAUCUUUCUCACGGACAUUUCCUCACAUGCUCUUGAGGCCCGACUCAAUGAGAAUGGCAUCUAAUACGACCGAAUCUGGAAUGCAGACGCUCGAAAAUGUGGACAGCAGCUACUUCAACGUGAUCAUCGGUGCUGUCAUUGCUGCGGUAGUCCUGGUCUUCAUCUGCUUGCUCUUGGUGCUCUUUCGCUACAUGUACAGACACAAGGGCACCUACCACACCAACGAGGCCAAGGGCAGCGAAUUCGCCGAGACGGCAGACGCGGCCCUACAGGGAGAUCCAGCUCUUCAAGACGCCAUGGACGAGAGCAAGAAGGAGUAUUUCAUAUGAGUCAUACACAGAGACUGAAUACGGAAAGCCAUGCCUUAAAACUUUGUCAUCGAGCCUCUGAUCUGAUCUCAGGUGGUUCACCACCAAAGUGUAUACAAUCUUAUACUCAUUAUAAUGGAACAUACAAAAGUAUAGAGAAGACUAUGGGUAAUUUUUUUGCCUAGCAACCCGGAUUUGAAGGAAACAGGUCAUCCAGAGGUGUAAAGCUUUAAAGUGAACAUCUAAUGGUUGACCAGAGAAAUUGUGACACAAAUCAGCAGGUAAAUGAAGGUAAAAGCUGGAAUAUGAAAUGACUAUCAAAUAGCCAAAGAGAAGAAAUACCAGCAGGUGACUAAAAGACUGUGGACAAAAGAGGUGUGAUAUCUUUCGUAUGCAAAUAAGAUGAAAUCUUUUGGCUUAUUGCUUGACAUUCAGUGUUGUUUAACUGGGUACUGGAUCAGAAACAGGAAAGCAUGCAUUAAUUAAUUAAUCAGCCAUAUAUUGAUUGUGUAUGUAUAUAUAUAUAUAUAUAUAUAUAUAUAUAUAUAUAUAUAUAUAUAUA